AAGUAGAAUGCCAGUCAAAACUCGACGCCACUGAAGCAAUUGGGGCGGGAGCUGAUAUAGUAAUGUUGGACAAUAUGAAAGGAAACGUGUUAUCGGAGGCAGCAACAAAUUUGAAAAAGAAUUGGAGCGGCACCAGAAAAUUUCUCAGUGGGAAAAUCACCGAACACAAUAUUACGGAAUAUUUUCUCCGGGUUUACGUUGACAUUUUGAGCAUGGGAAGUCUAUUCCAAGGCGUGCCUCACGUUGAUUUUUCGCUGAAGAUAAAGAAGGCAAUAUAA